AUGUGCACUUCAUCCACUUCUGUCUUGGUCAACCGCAAUGGCCCAGGCUCUGCUGCCGCUUCGACAAUCAGUAGCAUCGUCAAGCCAGAGAGUGGUGGCGCAGGAAAGACAAAAUGCAUUGAAUGCGAUGGCUAUGAAUGCUGUUGUAUUCCCAUUCCAUGUACGGUCAUGUAA